UUAUUUUUUUGUCCGAGAGUACUUGAAGGCAGCGUCAUCCUCCACCAGACAGUGACGUCACCUCGAAAAGCCGAGCCUUGCGUAUAAGUAUAAGGCUGGAUUUUUUUUUGUUGACGUUUCGUUUUCAAUGUUUGAACUUAAGGACGGCAUUUCGUGCUGAUUCAUAACAUUUCUACGUUGCCGUCACGCCUCAGCGCGGGAUCCAGCAAAGAUGAAAUGGAUGUUUAAAGAGGACCAUUCCCUCGAGCACCGAUGUGUGGAGGCCGCUAAAAUCCGCAACAAAUAUCCAGACAGAGUACCGGUGAUCGUGGAGAAAGUGUCUGGCUCUCAGAUAGUGGACAUUGACAAGAGGAAGUACCUGGUGCCCUCUGACAUCACCGUGGCCCAGUUCAUGUGGAUCAUCAGGAAACGCAUCCAGUUACCUUCAGAGAAAGCCAUUUUCCUCUUUGUGGACAAAACAGUUCCUCAGUCCAGUCUGACUAUGGGCCAACUCUACGACAAGGAGAGGGAUGAAGACGGCUUCUUGUACGUGGCCUACAGCGGGGAGAACACUUUUGGUUAUAAAAAGGCUUUUACUACCCCACAGCGUUAACACACACCCAUGCACACCCACACACACUCACAAUAUUUAAUUGAAAGCAAUGAAAUGCAAAAUGAAAAUGUAAUCAUUGAAGUAUUGUAGUACUACUACAUAUACAGUGCAGUACUGUGCAAUAACAUCCAGUAAGCAUCCCCUAUUGAUUUACAUGUUACAUAUCUAUCUAUAUAUGUAUAUGUAUACAUAUAUAUGAUAGAUAGAUAGAUAGAUAUUAUGGCUGUCAAGUGAUUAAUUUUUAAUCAGAUUAAUCACACUCUACAACUGUGAUUAAUCAUGAUUAAUCACAGGUUAUUUGCUUGCAUAAAUAAUAGAGAGAGAGAGAGAAUACUGUACGUGUUUCAGCAACACGAGGUGUAAUCAUGUUGCAUCAUAAUUCAUAUAUAAUAAUAAUAAAAAUUGUGGAUUAGAUUGAUAAAAGGCAUCUGAAUUGAGGAGAGUACAUGUUCUGUAUCAUCACCAGGAUAGUACCGUGUUGUAGAGAGUACACAAAAGUCAUACUUGAGUACACAAAUAAGAGACUUUUUCUCUGUUGUAGGCGUUACUACUAAGUUUGCUAAUGAUCCGAUACCAAUGGUCAGUAUUGCCGAUGCGAUACUGACCAUUGGUAUCAUUGAACAAUUUGUGGCAUGGCAAGAUUUGUUACUCACGAUUAUGACCCGAACAAGGAUUGAAGGUAAACAAAUCAAAACACAAUUGUUAUCAACACUUAUUUGUGAACAACACAACAAUAUAAAAUAAAUAAAUAAUACCUUUUAAGUACAAAUGAGUCAAGAAAAGCAAGUUUGGUUCUUAUUUUUUACAGUGUUUUUUUAUUGGAAACUCUCAAAAUAAUGUCAAAUAUGUGUCUAUCACAUUUACAGUUAAGAAA